CUCUCCCUCCGCGACUCCCCCGGCUGGGAAACUUCAGCUCUCAUCGACCCGGGGCUCGUUUUCUCCUUCGACCCCAAUGAAGCGCUGAGCUCGAGGAGUCAGUCGCACAGUCAGCACGAACCAUGGGCUGCACGAUCAGCGCCGAGGACAAGGCUGCGGUGGAGAGGAGCAAGAUGAUCGACAGGAACCUGCGGGAGGACCGGGAGAAGUCGUCCAGGGAGGUGAAGCUGCUGCUGCUCGGAGCUGGGGAAUCUGGAAAAAGCACCAUAGUAAAGCAGAUGAAAAUCAUUCAUGAAGACGGCUACACAGAAGAGGAGUGCAAGCAGUACAAAGUGGUGGUGUACAGUAACACCAUCCAGUCCAUCAUGGCCAUCAUCAGGGCAAUGGGCCGGUUAAAGAUAGACUUUGCGGACGCUGCACGGGGGGACGAUGCCCGACAACUGUUUGCCCUGGCGAGCUCGGCGGAGGAAGGGGUGAUGUCGGCAGAGCUGACCUGUGUGAUUCGGAAGCUGUGGAAGGACAGUGGCGUCCAAGCCUGCUUUGAUCGAUCACGAGAGUACCAGCUCAACGAUUCUGCUGCAUACUACCUGAAUGACUUGGAUCGGAUCUGCGAGCCAAACUACGUCCCGACCCAGCAGGACGUGUUACGCACACGUGUGAAGACCACUGGCAUCGUGGAAACUCACUUCACCUUCAAAGAUCUCUACUUCAAGAUGUUCGAUGUUGGGGGUCAGCGCUCGGAGAGGAAGAAGUGGAUCCAUUGUUUUGAGGGAGUCACCUCCAUCAUUUUCUGCGUUGCGCUCAGUGACUACGACCUCGUCUUGGCCGAGGAUGAGGAGAUGAACCGGAUGCAUGAGAGCAUGAAGCUUUUUGACUCCAUCUGCAACAACAAGUGGUUCACGCUCACCUCCAUCAUCCUCUUCCUCAACAAGAAGGACUUGUUUGACGAAAAGAUUGGCAGGAGUCCGCUCACUAUUUGCUACCCAGAGUAUUCCGGUGGGCACUCGUAUGAAGACGCAGCAGCUUACAUACAGUGCCAGUUUGAAGACUUAAAUAAACGAAAGGACACCAAGGAGGUCUACACCCACUUCACUUGUGCCACGGACACCAAGAAUGUGCAGUUUGUGUUCGACGCCGUCACUGAUGUCAUCAUAAAGAUAAACCUGAGGGAGAUUGGGCUCUACUGACGCCUCAGGCCCUGCAGGUGUUUGGAGAAAUAUCAGGAUUUCUGGGCUGGUACAUCUUGUUUGCAGGGAGCGAAUAGGACAGUAGGUGUUACUAAGGACUUUGUUUGUGGCCAUGCAGCAUGCAGGACGUAAAUUCUACCACCUGGAGCCUUGCUACUAUGAUCACAUUUGUCUUAACAUAUUUUGCAAUGCAGAGCAUACUGGGAGAAAGUGAUACGUGGGGGAGUUUUUGUGGAAUUAAUCACAGAAGGGCUGGCAGGUAAAGCCCCUCUGAUGUCUCCGACACAUUUAUAUUUUGUCUGUCAUCUGUACAUGGACCAAAAUGGACUCUCUGUUCAUCAAAUUUAUUUCUGCAUUACACAGUUUCACAGCUGAUAUUUAACUUCUAUUCACUUUUUUUGUGGUGCAUCUUCUCUUAGCUGUAAGUCAGUUGCGCCUUGCUUUACUGAACAUUUGCAUUUGUCAUAUUUUAUUUUAAUUUAGAUUUGCAAUCAUAUAGUGUUUCCACUAAUGGAUGUGUGAAUGCCAUAACUUAUGUAUGGGAAAGAGUUUUGAGUGAUUAGAUUUCAUGUAUGUAACGUAUAAUUUGGGGUCUGGGAUUAGUUAGAAAGAGUCUAACGAACACAGUUGCAACAUUGCUGUCUGCAUAGUUAUUUUGAUUUUAACUCGACCACAUUGUGUUUUACCUUUUUAUACUUGAGACUCAUCACUCCAAAUCAAUUUGUGAAGAGAGAUCCUCAUUUUUAUUUUGUAUAUGACUAAUUUAAUUCACUCACUGAAGAUAAAGGUAAUUCUUCAAUCCUGUGGAUAUCAGCAAAGCACUAAAAAGACUUGAAACAUUAACAGUGAGAUAGUUUGAUAUGGUCACAGGCUAUAUUUGUGUGCUUUAUAUACACUGAGGAUGUCUUCUGCCAAUAUACAUUAUGAUAUGCUGGAGUAGAGCACAAUUUGUGUUUAGAUUAGUCAUUUCCCACACAGAGAGGUCCUGGUAGCCAACUUUACCGAGGAAUUUUAAUGUGUAGCUCACUUUAAAUUUGCAGUUGUAUUGGUUUAUUUUUCACAUCAUUAAAUGAUGAAUACAAAGCUGUCUCACCAAACGGGUGUUAUUCACUGUGAAGAUUUAUAAAGGCCAUGCAAAUCAUUUUUAUACUUCAGUCUUCCAGCUGCUACACACACCACAGCCCACCAAAAUGCCCUAAUCGUCUUCCCCUGUAUGUUGUCUCUGUGAAGGAGUUAUUAAUGAGGGACAUCAAGCUCACAUGAAUCUACAUGUGAGCUUGAAGGGCCAGUUAUUAAUUUUGAGCUUAAAUUUUCUUGCCAAUUCACCUUAAAGUAUAUUGCUGGUGAGCUGCAUAUGUCCAUGAAUAUAAUCUGUCCCUCAUUAAUUCCUGACUUCUUUCGCCUGUUCAUGUCCUAUUAAAGGUGAAAUAAAUUUGUUUUUCAACUUUACAUAAUA